AUGCCGCCACCGCACGAUCAAGGUCGAGUUCGCCUCUUCCACAUGAACAACCACACCUUCCGAUACACAGUCAAUGCACUCAAGGACCGCAUCGCUGAGGAUACUCUGACUGCUGAAGAAGCUGUGGAUCUAUGGGAGGACGCGAAACAGCGGGUUGUCUGUGGUGCAGCUACGUGUUGCUAUCAACGCAGUCCCGUUGAGGACGAGAUGGACGCUUUACCUGCUGCGAUGGAUACACUGUCGUUAGCCGAUACAGUACCGAGCAAUCGCAUCGAUAAGAUUCGACGGGCUAUUGCUGAGCUUGGUGUUGCACGUGGACAAACCAAGCUGAGACAACGGCUACGAGUGCACGCGUGGCACGAAGGCAAAUCUUCACACGAGCUCUUUAGAUCCAUCUCGACGAAGUUUACGGACAACGCUGUUCCGACUCUGAUUCCCAGUGAGUCAGCCAGUGGCACAGCUAUGGACGACGCGCUCAAAUGGACGGAAGAGCAUGGUGUGCAGGACGACCUGAUGCACUUUAAGGAGCUCUUGAUCCCGAUUCUGACGCAGUUGGUCAACAUUUGGUACAAAGCGGGUGUAUUUCCACCUACGUUUCUCCAAGCAGACAUCUUCUGCUUAAAGAAGAGUGGUGACUUGUCGAACCCGCUGAACUAUCGACCGUUUGCCUUGUUGAAUUCUGACUACAAGAUCAUUACGCGCAUCUUGGCUACUCGAAUGGCGAAUCUGGAUGACGAGCAGCGCGAAGCUCUGGCGCUGCUACUAGAUUUUCAAAAAGCCUACGAUUCGCUUGGACGUCGAUACCUCAUCCGUGCAUAG